ACGGAAGCUCCAAAGUCAUAUGAUCGAUUCGUGACAGAGCUCGCCGUUCCCGACUCGCAAAGAUGGCUAGCCAGACGCAGGGAAUUCAGCAGCUUCUGGCCGCUGAAAAACGCGCUGCCGAGAAAGUCUCGGAUGCCAGGAAACGUAAAGCACGUCGUCUGAAGCAGGCUAAAGAAGAAGCCCAGGACGAGAUUGAAAAAUAUCGACAGGAACGAGAAAAACAGUUCCGCGACUUUGAAGCCAAGCACAUGGGUUCAAAAGAAGAUGUAGCUGCGCGUAUCGAGGCAGAUACGCGACUUAAGAUAGAAGAAAUGAAUCAGACCGUUGCUGUGCACAAAAGCACGGUCAUGCUUAAAAUCUUGGACUUGGUGUAUGAUAUCAAGCCGGAACUGCACAGUAAUUACCGCAUUGAGGUCUAAGCCACAAAAAUUGCAUCUAAUAUAGCUAUAAAUAUGAUACGUCUUACGCUCUAUAAAUAUAUAUUAAAUAAUAUUACUGUUCACCAUAUCUCAAUAUGUAUUUAUCGCUGUUAUAUCGUAUGACAUGUUAUAUUUUAUCUGAGAAACUGUAUACAAUGUAGCUGUAUAGGCAGUGAUACUCAAACUACUACUAGAAUUCUUUUCUCCCGCAGUUGCUACACGACAAUAAAUGUAAUCGUAUUGUUAUUACCGCUGAGCUUUUCACCGGCACGUAUUCGGACAGUUUGAGAAUUGCUGUAAUGUAGUUGCAUCAAAACAAAGAGAAAAGAAAAAAAAAGUAACGUGAAUUCAACAGAGUACUUUGACCCGAUGCGUCAAGGCCUAGACACAUCGAGACAAUGUGCGAUUGUUAAAAUAAAUACGAUUAAAGCGAUUUAGGGUGAUGGAA